CCAUUAUGGUCAGCCAUGGCGUGGCUGCCGGGCGGGCUGGCCGAGCUGCGCUGGGGCGCGCUGGUCGCCCUCUUCGUGGCGGCGCUGGCCACGCUGGCCGUGUACCUGGUGCAGUACGCGCUGCUGGCGCUGAGGAGGGCCCGCCCGCCGCCGGCCGCCGCCGCCCCGGUGCAGCGGGACGAGCUGCUGGAGGAGGGCGGCUCGGUGCUGGCCUGGGCGCUGUCGCGGGGCAGCUGGAGGCGGCAGUGGCGGCGGGCCUGGGUGGCGGCGCUCCGAGCCGAGGCUGCCGAGCGGGCGGAUUCUCAAUUGCUCACGUUUGAGGAAGAUGACCCAGCAGAACCACUUGAGCUAGCAGUUAAAGAAGUUACCAGUGUUGUAAAGUCAGCUGGAGAGAAGGUGGUUUCUUGCAAUGUUGUGGGAGAUUCUGUUAAAUUCCUCGUUGCUGUCUCAGCCCCUCCGCCCGCUGCUGCCGAAGCUCAGUCGUAUUUUGUGAAGCUGUCCCCAGUCCACCUGCAGCUUCAGCUCUACGUGAAAGACAAAGGAGAAGAUGUCAAAGUUGAGUGGUUCCUCGUUAACACCAAUGAAAUCAACUUUGAAAUCCAGCCAGCAGUGCAGGAGGGACAGACAGCAGGGGCAUGUGCAAUAUCUGAAACGCUCAGAGAUGUCUUGAAGAACCUCUUCAGCUCAGCUUCUCCAUCUGUAGUGUUGAGCGUGAGGCCUGCAGAUACAAAGGAGGUUCAGAAUGUACAGAACACGAGCCUUCUCCCUCAGGGCACGAGUCCUCCCAAACCUCCCAGGGCUCACGACCUCAAGCUGCUGGUGAGGAACAUCGCGGUGGAGCCGAGCGAUCUCCGUGCUGCAGGCAGCACAGACCUUGUGUGUAUAGUUGAGUUGAAUGACCCUAUGCAGAAGUUUUCCAGCUCUGUAGCCAAAAAUGCUGCACAUCCCUUUUGGAAGGAAGAGUUUAUCUUUGAACUAAGUGCCAAAUCAAAAGCAUUGCAACUGCAAAUAGUAGAAGAUGGAAAGUUGGAUAGUCCUUCAUGUGGGAAGGUGACUGUACCUCUGGACCUGUUCAGGAAACAGCCCUGUGGCCAGCACAGCUUUGCUCUCAGCAGUUCAGAGCCGGGGCUGGGAUCCAUCAGUGCAGAGUUCUCUUUUAUAGAACCCGGGGAGCUGAAGGCGAGGCAGGUCUCCUCUCCAGUGCUGGCCACCAAGAUCGAGAAGGAUCGCACUGUGAUGCCCUGUGGGACCGUGGUCACCACUGUCACUGCUGUGAGGACCAAACCUCGCCUGGAAGGGAGAGCAUCCCCCCUGAGCACAGAUUCUCCUGUGAAAACUCCAGUCAAAGUAAAGGUGACUGAAAAGGAUUUCACCGUUGAAGCCCUCCAUUCCCACGGUGCUCCUGUCAGCAAGACUUUGUCAUCUUCAGAUACAGAGCUGCUGGUACUGAAUGGCACCGACCCUGUGGCAGAAGCAGCCAUUCGGCAGCUGAGCGAGUCUGCAAAGCAGAAGCUGAAGUCUCCUCGAAAGAAAAGCACCAUUAUCAUAUCAGGGGUGUCCAAGACCUCUUUAUCUCAGGACAGUGAAGCUUCACUGAUGAUGGACUAUGCUGCAGCCAUGGACAGCUCCUGCAGGGAAGCAGAUCCACCCAGGGUGGAGGAAGCUGUUGGAAAAAUCCCCUCUGAUGAAAAGGAGUCAUUGGGUGCUUCAGAAGGAGUCCCUGGUACCGACCCACAGCAAAGCACCCACAAGGCCUGGGGCUUGGAGAAUGGCAGCCAGCAGUGGGACACCAGCACACUCCUGGACCAGACCUCUGAAGAAAUAUCUGGGAGCUCAUUAAGUGUUUCAGAAACUGGGAGCGUGAAAAAAUCGAAAGGUGGGAUUUUGAAGAAGAGCGCGAAGCUGUUCUUCCGCCGGCAGCAUCACCAGAAGGACCCGGGAAUGAGCCAGUCCCACAACGACCUGGUGUUCCUGCAGCAGCCUCUGGCAGAGGAGAGCCGCAAGAAGGGGGGGACACUCUCAAGAAUUCUGAGCAAGAAGCUCCUGUCCAGGAACAAGAGCAAGAACAAACUGAACGGUGCUUCGGGAGAGCCGUACCUAUAAAAACCCAAACCCUCUCCCGCGGGAUGGAUCCCUGCUCACCAGCUGAGCACUUGUUUACACGGCAGCACUAGAGAGUAUAAAUACGGCUGGUGGCUUGCAUAAAAGGAUGUUCACUAUUAACAGUGGUCUUUUUUGGUUUAUUUUUUCCGAAAUGCUUUUUCUCUCUGAUGAGGAAGUCGCUCCUCCAAACACGAGCGGUGCUUGAAUGUGUCCUGACAGCUUUUGGAGGAGCUUGUGGAAGAGGAGGGAGGAUGGGGAAUGGUGCAGGUGGGGACCAGGAAGGCACCUGAUGCCCUGGGGUGCACUGGGAAGAGCAUUUCCAGCAGGUAAUGUCCCUGUGCCCAGCCCUGGAGGCACCUCUGGGUGCUGUGUCCAGCCCUGGAUCCUCAGCACAGCAGGGACAGGAGCUCCUGGAGCUGAGGAAGGGCCUGGAGCAGCUCCGUGCCCAGGAAAGGCUGAGGGAGCUGGGGCUGCUCAGCCUGGAGAGGAGCUCAGCUGAGAGGGGCCUCAGCCCUCGGUGUCCCUGGGUGUCCCUGGGUGUCCCUGUGUGCAGGGAGGGGCAGAGCAGGGCCCAGGCUCUGCUCCAGGCCCAGCAAUGGCCCCAGAGCCACGGGCAGGGACUGAGCCCAGCAAUUCCCCUGCACAGGAGGCACAACUUGUGCCCUGGGCAGGGAGCAGCCCUGAGCAGAGCCCAGAGAGGCUGGGGAGUCUCUCCCUGGGGAUGUUCCAGAGCCAUCUGGACACAGCCCUGUGCCCUGGGAUGGCCCUGCUGGAGCAGGGAGGUGACACCAGAUGACCCCACUGUGACUUCCAGCCUGACCAUUCCUGCAGGGAGGACACAAACACCCGAUUUACACCGACGGGGAGCUCCGAACUGGAACAUCCCACCCAGUUUGAGUGACUGCACCUCUACAGAGAGAGAAGGCACCACUGUGCUCCCUCACUGCAGCCUGCAGCAGUAGCAACUGAUUUUCCUAGUCAGACUGAAAAAGGGGGGGAAAAAAAAGAGGCCCAGAUCCAUUUUGUGUUGUAAUUUGGAAGCGGGUGAAUGCUGAGAAGCAGAAGGAAAACGCUGACUCAGCUAUCCUACUGUAAUAACUGCAGCCUGCCAUAAUCGCUGCUCAGCCCCUGUCCGUGGAGAGAUGCCUUGGACCUUAGCCAUAAAUCAAUCAAUUAUGCAAAUACCUAUACUAGCAUAUUGUUUAAUGUUCUGCUUUUAAAAAAGUUACGCUUAAAAAAAAAUCUGGAACUUGUUGGGUUUUUUUAAACCUACUUGAAGCUGCCCCAAAAAGUAUUUGCAAAAUUUUACGUGUAACUUUUUUCCCUGUGUGAGAAGCUGUACUGCUGAUGCAAAAACUCAUCUUAGGGGCUCUAAUUCCUUCUCCCAGGUGCUUGUUAGGCAAGUACAUAAAGCAUCAUAUCAAAUGCAGAUCUAGGAGCAGUAAAUGGUGAAUAGAGCAUAGUUAAUCCUACAGUGCUUUUCAUUGGGAAGCUUGUCUUACUUGCCAAACACUUACUGAGAUCUUGAACUACACAGUUGUGAAGAAAGCUUUUGAAAAAAUAUUAAUUCCCUUAGUUCGGAUUCUAGAUCUGCCAGCGUUGUCAUGUGCUGAGUGGUUGGUCAGAUGAGUUUUUUAACCUUUUUUUCCUUGUUAAAUAUUGCAGCUGCUCCCUUUGGUCUAAAAUGAAAAACCGAUGGGAGUAAAGGCAUAAAGUUCUCAUUUUGGCUAUGAAGAAGAGUAAAAUGUCAGUAUUUCACAGGUACCAUCUUUCAUGCUUUACCUGUACUUUUCCGUCAUCCACAUUCCUGCUGAGGACAAAGGACCAAGCGCGUUCCCUUCAGCCAAGAAAAAUAUCCAUUCAUUCCAACUAAAUUACUGACGUGAAUGGAUGAUAGACCUUGUGCCUACUUUGCCAACAGUAAUUUUUUCCCCUGGCCCCUUUCCUCUCUCUAAGCUAUCCAACACUUUGGCAGAUAUUUGGGCUUUCAGCUUAACACAUCCAUCAAAAAUAGAAAGCUACUGAAGAAUAGAAACAUGUUUCAAAUUUCUGAUGGACUCGAGGUUCCGUGGUAAUUCAGUAUCAAAGUAGAGGCGGUUUGGUUUCUUUUUUACCCAGAAAAUAUUAGAACUGAGCUGUCAAAAUCUUUUAACUGUUUAAAAAUGCUGUUUAUGUGUAACCUCCUAAGAUCACUGUGGUAGUACAGUAGACCAGGCUAUCAGAUAGUUGUACUGCUUGUUAUGCUGCUUGUUAUGAAAACACUUGAGGGCAUUUUAACGUUCUGUAUUUUGAAAAUUGGGUACAAGUGAAUCCUCUGGGGCUCUAUUGUGAUUGGAAAUCCCAGUUCAGUAAUACAGGUUUGUCCAGCCUGAAUGUGCCUGAACAGUUUUGUUUAUUUCUAAUUUAAUACAAAGCAGAAGUUUUGUUUUUUCAUUUGUUCUACAGUGUUUCCUGAUGUGAGCAUCAAAACCCCUGAUGUCAUGUUCCCUCAAAAGACACUUUUUCUCUUGAUUUUACCAGGAACUCUCUGUGUUAUGGGGCAGGCUGGGGGUCAAGUCCUUGCCAUUUUUAAACACUCAGUCUUUGUUGCUGAAGGAUAAAACCACAACUGGUCCCUAAAUUCAAGAAAUCCGAAUGAAACUGAGCUCCAUGGGUAGCACAUCCAUACACUAAAACCUGAGAACUGUGGAAUUGGGAAUGUAGAGGCAGCACAUAACAUUACUUGGAAGUCUUUUUAAAAUUACUGAGCUGGGAUUUGAAUUUACAGAAGCUUUAGCACGUACUGUAGAGCAGGGUGAAAUAACACUAACUUGCAGGAUGCAGCACUAGGAUUUGCUUGUAACCUACCCCAGAGAAUGGAUACAUGUGGAAAAAGUGGUUCAUCUUAAGGUCUUGAUGAUCACUUGAAUGCUUGUCUCCAUGGUGGGAAUGAAGAACAUUUUUUACUGCAAACUGUGAAGGUCUGGGCUCACGUGUGUUAAGAGAGAAUGAAUUCUUCAGAUGCUGAGAGCAAGGCAUUUGAUGUAAAAAGGGAAUCUGGUUGUUUUUUUUUUAAUUUGCCUUCACUCCUCAGGAAAAUAAACAUUGUUUGGAUUGAGUUGGAUCUCUGAAUCUGGUGGGCGUGUUCGCCACCUCUCCUUACUCCUCUGCAAAUAAUGUAUGUCCUGCUGUAAAAACAAGCUAAGGCACUAAACACAAGGGGACAAUUGAGUUGCUCAUUGUGAUGACCCCAAAGACCCACAAUAAUGAAUCCCAUCCCCUCCUUAGUUGUCAUUUAAGAUCAGGACAUCUGAGGAUGCACAUUUUCUGUGUAUUUGGGUCAGUGAGAGCUGGAUCCUCACAACCUGCAGGAUCCACACUGGAGUUUUGGGUCAGAAAGACUGGAUUUGUCAACUGGCACAAAUAACGUAGUGAUGUGUCCUGUGGAGUUUUUGUGAAGGAUGCCAGAGGGAAUAAUAUUCAUUGUUUUGUAAUUUGAUCCAUUGUUUAAAUGUCUAAAUAUUAAAGUUACAAAGAAUUUUAAUAACUACCCCCUUGAACAGGAGAUAAAAUUUUUACAUUAUAUUGUAACACUGAAACUUCUUAUUUACUGCCUUGCAAUUUAAUGAGUUCAGUAGAUUGGAAACAACCUGUGAAAUAUUCAUUCCUUUUGUAUUUUUUCUCACACUUCUGUAUUUCUGGGUGUUCUGUACAGAAAAGAAAGCAUGGUAUUUAUUUCAUGAGGACUAAGAGAUGAAGGCUUGUUUUUCCAUCCUGAAGAAUUUUUCUGCCCGUACCUGCAACUUCUUAAUUUGUGUUCGUUGUUUGUUUUGCUUUAUGGUGUCUAAAUUUGCCUUGAUGGAGACAAACCCUAUCCUCACCAAGAUCUGUCUUAGCUUUAGUGUGAAUUUUGACUGAGUAUAUAGUACAAGAAUUAAAUUGCUCUUGGUAGAUGAAAGCAAUAAAACUACCUAAUAUCUCCAAUGGGAAUACAAGCUAAGUAACUUUCUUAAAGUGACUGAAAUCCUUUUCAUAGUAAUUUUAUAGAGGAGGGGAAGACUUUAUCCCUAGGUCAUUGCUAUUUCAUAUCCUACUUGCCCCAGGAAGACAUUAGAGUCAUUUCACUCUUAACAAUAUAUGAAACCUGGGAAUCCGAGGUAGAAGGAAUGCCAGGGUGGAAAAAAGUUCAUUUUGAAAGCAAGCUACCUUUGCUAAACUUCUUCAACUUAAUGGACAGGUCAUACACUGUACAGGCGUAAAUAGUGGGUUUUAUUCUUAUGCUUUCUGACAGAUUUUCUUUUUUCCUGCUCUUUCUUUGGGAGACAGGUUGGGGCUCCAGGCCAUGCAGACCUUGUACUGUCUUGCUUUUGAGAGGACUGGAUUUACAGUGCUGCUUUUUUGAUGAAAUUGGCUGGCAAUUACACCAGUUUUGGGGAUCAGUGGAAUUUUACAGCAUUUCCUGGUACUGCAUCUCCUUGCAGGUUCUAGGUGUUUUUCAAGUGAAAACCUUCUGCUGUGUAUUUCUUGCAGAGUUCCGUCGUUCUUGACGUGCAAAAUGUCAUAGGAAAAAAACAAAGGUGAAAGCAUAAAAUGCUACCAAAUGUGGAUGAGGAAGGAAAAUAAGAAUCUUGCUCUUGUUUUAACCCUUUUUUAGGUCUGGGAGCUCUGGGUGUCACACGGAGCAAGGGGAGAGCUGCCUGGAUUUUUCAGCUGAGUUUCUUGCAGGUUUUGAUUUGGAGAGCUGAGGUUUGAGACAAGUGCUUCUGGAAUGAACUGUGCCAUAGCUCCGGGCUAAGACAUUCCUGUUGUGAGUGGGAACAGCUGACCUCAUGCCCUGACCUCCACAGGACCUAAGUGGAUUUAUUCAUGUGUUUAAAGUCAGCAUAUGCUUCUGCACAUUGCUAAGCCUCAGCCUUGGUGACAAACAACUCCAGAUUAAUUAUGUAACAAGGGUGAUUACUUUGAGUUAAGGGUGAAAUAAUACCACUUCACUCAGGAUAUCCAAACUGCUACUAUGCAAGGUGCUGGCAUGGUGUGAAAAUUGCUGGGAAGGAUGAUCUGAGGUCUUCCCAGUACUAUAACUCUGCAUUUCCCAAUGAUGUAUUAUGCUCUGUAUUAUUCCAGGUUGGGGUAAAACUUUUUUUUUUUUCCCCUAGCAUCAACUGUCAUAGUCACUUCUUCUGUAGUGUGUUUUUCUUUCUGUGCAUACACGAACUCAAGUUGGUGCAAUUAUGAAAUCUACGAUGUACAGAUUUAUUAUAUCACUAGAAAAACCUAAGAGGAUUUUUUUUUAAAAAGAAGUAACUCCUGCUGUACAUACAAUAAAAGCCAA